CAGCUAACGCCGAAUAGGAGCCAUUUCGUCGCUCUCUCCACGUAUUCACCACGAUCGUCGCGCGCAUUUCGCCUUCCAACGUCCUCCACCAUCCAAUCUGCACACCGUCGCCUCUCGACCCGCCACCUCAUCUUCGCAGAGCCAAAACCUACACGGCGCGGACACAACGAUUCCGAACAACCCCGCCUGAUAGCACACGAGCAAUCCCAGGGCCAUAAGUGGAGUAGGAAGGUGUGGCAAUGA